AUGUCUUCCAACCAAUCCAACGUGGCGUCCAACACGCACGGCAGUCUCACUCUCACCGCUUCCCAAGCGGGGCCUACUACUCUCCGUCUCAGGGCCGAGGCCGAACCUUCCGAACGCCGUCGCAUUCAGUGGGCCGAAGAUGUGAUUGACAAUGAAGGCAUGGGAAAGAAGAGUUCAAAAGUAUGCUGCAUCUACCACAAACCACGCGAGGCUGGUGAAUCUUCUGAUGAAGACUCGUCCUCGUCGUCUUCCUCCGACUCGGAUAGCGAGCCCGAUACCAGCAGGGCCCAGCCUGCAAACCGUCGUCGUAAUCAGCACCAUCACCACCCAGAUGGCCCAUGCGACCACGAUCACGCCGACCCCUCCCAUUCGCACGGUUCCAGCAAGGGCAAACAGAAGGCCCGCAGGCCUAGUCCAAAUGCUUACGAGAGAGUUCCUAGAAGGAAGACACCCAAGAAGGAUUGA